GGCGCGCGAGAAAGGGCCCGGUCGCGCCGAGGCUCGAGCGGCCGUCGCCAUUUUGUAGGGUUCUGUCUGACGCGGGAGCCGCUGCCACCGCCGCCGCCACCCGGAGGCUCUUGUAAGGAUGGUGAAGCUGUUCAUUGGAAACCUGCCCCGGGAGGCCACAGAGCAGGAGAUCCGCUCACUCUUCGAGCAGUAUGGGAAGGUGCUGGAAUGUGACAUCAUUAAGAACUAUGGCUUUGUGCACAUAGAAGACAAGACGGCGGCUGAGGAUGCCAUACGCAACCUGCACCACUACAAGCUGCACGGGGUGAACAUCAACGUAGAAGCCAGCAAGAAUAAGAGCAAAGCUUCAACCAAGUUGCAUGUGGGCAACAUCAGUCCCACCUGUACCAACCAAGAGCUUCGGGCCAAGUUUGAGGAGUAUGGUCCAGUCAUCGAAUGUGACAUCGUGAAAGAUUAUGCCUUCGUACACAUGGAGCGGGCAGAGGAUGCAGUGGAGGCCAUCAGGGGCCUUGACAACACAGAGUUUCAAGGCAAAAGAAUGCACGUGCAGUUGUCCACAAGCCGGCUUCGGACUGCCCCUGGGAUGGGAGACCAGAGUGGCUGCUAUCGGUGUGGGAAAGAGGGGCACUGGUCCAAAGAGUGCCCAGUAGAUCGUACAGGUCGUGUGGCGGACUUUACCGAGCAGUAUAACGAACAGUAUGGAGCAGUGCGCACGCCUUACACCAUGGGCUACGGGGAGUCCAUGUAUUACAACGAUGCAUAUGGAGCGCUCGACUACUAUAAGCGUUACCGGGUCCGGUCUUAUGAGGCAGUGGCAGCAGCAGCAGCAGCUUCCGCGUACAACUACGCAGAGCAGACCAUGUCCCAUCUGCCUCAAGUCCAGAGCACAGCUGUGACCAAUCACCUCAACUCCACUUCUGUUGAUCCCUAUGACAGACACCUGUUGCCGAACUCGGGUCCUGCUGCCACCUCAGCUGCUAUGGCUGCUGCCGCUGCCACCACUUCCUCCUAUUAUGGAAGGGACAGGAGCCCCCUGCGUCGUGCUGCAGCUGUGCUCCCCACAGUUGGAGAGGGCUACGGUUAUGGGCCAGAGAGUGAGCUGUCUCAGGCUUCAGCAGCUGCACGGAAUUCUCUCUAUGACAUGGCCCGGUAUGAGCGGGAGCAGUAUGUGGACCGAGCACGGUACUCAGCCUUUUAAAAACUGGAGGUGAGAGUGGGGUGGGUGUGGUUAAGAGAUUCCAUUUAGUUCCCUUGAAAGAGACCCACGCUGCAUAGAGGAGGCUAAAGCCACUUGUUUGCUGUCAGGACAGUAUCCAAAAGGUAUAAAUUCCAUGUUAGUCUUAAAUUUAUUUCUCUGGCUUAGGCCAGAGGUUCAUUUGGCCUAUUGAGGUUUUAGUGUGUGAUUCCAACCUAUUUGUUCCUUCUGAGAGAACAAGAAACUCAGUUUGUUAGUGAGAAUAUUGUUGUUUAAUCAAGUAUAAGCAGAUCUGGAUUAUAGAAACAUAGCUAAGAGAACUAACAUUUGCUGAGUGCCUUCUGUGUAUGUUAUGUCAUUUAAUCUAUAAAAUAAGCUUUUAAGAUAUUUUCUCUUUUACAGAAAAGGGAACUAAGACUCAGAGAGGCUAAGUACUUUGUCUGAAGUCAUCUGGUAAUUGAGAAGUAGAGCCAGAAUUCAGACUCAGGCCUGGCUGACUCCAAAACCCAUUCUCUUUCCACUACAAAAGUCACUGUGGUGUAAGCUGAAGAGUACAGGUUCAGAAGUUAAUGUAUGUCACAGUGAGAAUUUUAACUAUAACUUUAGACUUCCAAUUUGCUAAUAAAACUACUUAUGUCAUUAGCGUUUAUCAGGGGAAACUCUUCUAAUGUAUAUCUAUAAGCCAAAUGCAGUCCUACAAAUUUUAGGGGUUUAGUUCUGAGACAGUUGUUUAAAAGCAGAAUGUUGGGCCCAGCCCGGUGGUGUAGUAGUUAAGUUUGUGCGCUCUGCUUUGGUGGACUGGGGUUUACAGGUUCGGAUCCCAAGCAUGGACCUACACACCGCUUAUCAAGCCAUGCUGUGACAGGCGUCCCACAUAUAAAGUAGAGGAAGAUGGGCACAGAUGUUAGCCCAGGGCCAGACUUCCUUGGCAAAAAGAGGAGGAUUGGCAACAGAUGUUAGCUCAGGGCUAAUAUUCCUCACAAAAAUUUUAAAAAUGUAAAUAAAUAAAUAAAAGCAGAAUGUUUUGAUGCCACUGUC